AUACCCCAGAACUUAAAAGUAAAAUAUACCCAAGUGUUUAACCGUUACGACAGAGCAAAAACUGGAUUUAUCCAAGGAUCACAAGCUCGAGACAUAUUAUCUCAAUCACGCCUUGCACAACAGAUAUUAAUUCAGAUUUGGAAUCUAUCCGAUAUCGAUAAUGAUGGUCGCUUGACGGGCGAAGAAUUUUGCCUUGCCUUAUAUUUAUGUGAUCUAGCAAAAGAUGGAGUUUCGAUGCCUGAAAGUCUACCUCCUGCUCUUGUGCCUGCGUCAUAUGUUCGUAGAAGAUCAUCAAUGCUUCAAUCUGAAGUAGUAGACAGCAAACAGACUGCAUUCCCAAUAUCUUCAGUAUCAUUGGAAGAGAGGAAAAAACGAAACUUUGAACAAGGUCGACAGGAAUUAGAACGAAGACGCCAAGAGCUGCAAGAUAAACUUAGAAGAGAACAAGAAGAACGUAGGCAACGUGAGGUAGCUGAAGAAGAGAAGCGACAACGUGAAAGAAUGGAGCAAGAGAGAAAGAAGCAAGAAGCAAUGGAAAGAUUACGGCAACAGCAGGAAGCUAUCGAGCGAGAAAAAGAAGCACAACGCAAAGCUAUGAUUGAGAAAAGACUUGUUAGUCAUAAUAAAAGUGAAACCUGA